AUGAUGAUGAUGGACAUGGGCAUGUACGGAACUUACGGCAAGCCUGACUCAUAUCCCAACUAUGUGUGCACAGGUCAAGGGAAUCAUCAUCAUCAUCAGCCCGUGUCCGUCGGAGGACACGUGCCUGUCCCAGCCUCGCCGGAACUCGCACCGGCACACUACUUCCCUCAGACCGCCGUCUCCCCUUACUCGUCUUCUUCCUCGGAGAGUUUCCUGGCGGCAGAAUCCGCCACAUCUUCCGGUACGCCUCCGCAGAGCUUCUACUCGCCGUCGGCGGCCGUUCUGCACGAGGAUGGUUCCACAACCGCGAUCAUCUCCUCGGAGAAUGGUCUGAGUUACACUAAUUUAGACUACGCGUCCUCCACCUCGUCGCCGUACAACAACCAGCAGCAUCAACACACGAACGGGUCCCACGGAUCGGUGGAUCCUCAUCAGAGUUACCACGUCCAACAAACACCUUACAGAGACGACCACCACCACCAUCAUCAUCAUCAUCAUUCCGCUUCAACCUCGGGGAACGGUCUUCAUCAAGGUUCCAUGAUGACCGCUGGCCACUCGAGAACCGAGCACGAGCAACAGUUGCACCAUCAGUCUUCUAGUCAUCACCAUCACCACCACCAUCACCAUCACGAGCCCGACUAUCAGCUUCCAGUCGCUGGUACCACCAACUAUCUUCAUCAGCUGCCUGCCGCCGAGGACUCGCUUCACUAUCACUCUCAAAUCCGGCAGAACGACUACGCUGGACAUUCCGCUGGUCACUACAAGGAGGAAAAUCCGGAUCCCUCGUGUUACCAUGUACUCCAACAGUCGGGACACCAUCAACAUCCGCACCAACACGGCCACGGGCAUCAUCAUCAGCAGCAGCAUCCACACGGCCAUCAUCCGCCGCAACAACAGCAACAACAACAGCCGCACGUGCCCACUUACAAGUGGAUGCAAGUGAAGAGGAACGUUCCUAAACCAGCUGCAGCAAAGACAAAUUUAAAUGUGGGGGAGUAUGGCGGUAACACAGUCGGAGGCGGAAACGGAUCCCCAUAUGCAACCACGGCGAACGGUCCUGUAAACUGCCUUACCGGCGGACCUAUGGCCGGUAUAGCAGGUAGCUUCAACAAUACCGGCCGAACCAACUUUACGAACAAGCAACUUACGGAACUCGAAAAAGAAUUUCACUUCAACAAGUACCUGACCAGAGCAAGGCGCAUUGAAAUCGCGUCAGCGUUACAAUUAAACGAAACGCAAGUAAAAAUUUGGUUCCAAAAUAGAAGAAUGAAGCAGAAGAAAAGAAUGAAGGAAGGCUUAAUACCAGCUGAUAAUACGACUGUAACGCCGCUUAGUGGCGCCAGAAGUUCGAGUAAUUCACCGACUAGUUCUUCAAGUCACGAAACUAGUGGUCUUGGAUUAUCUAAUUUUACGAGCGACAAUAGUCGGGAGUCUCCACCUUCGUCUUCGAAAGAUUGACGCGUUCCUUGCUGCAGCAAUGAACGUAUCUAUGGCCUACGACUUAACAAUGAUUGGUGAAAAUUGAGGAAAAAAGAAACGUUAUUUUAAACCUCGUAAUUUAAAUUUACAUGAAUUUCCUUGCUGCAGCGGCAACAAUAAUUAGUAUUUCCAAUUUCGAUAGAACGGAAUCAUUGUAACGAUAAAUGAUAUAGUCGUUCGACGAUUUUGAAAAUUAUCAAAAUUAAUCGUAUAGAAAGUAUAGAAAUUGUACAAUGUAUGUACUAAUUAAGCAAAUUAUUUAUUUUCGUUUGAAUCGUGUAUUCCGUAAAGGCUACGAGCAGGAUUUCCGAAAGGUUACCAUAUACCUCAGUUUGUGUAAAUGGCAUAAUAAUAUUUAUAUAUAAUUAUAAAUACCAAUGAUUGAUCGCAACGUAUUAUGUAAAAAAAAUUGUGAAAAUAAUAUUCUUGGAUGCUAAUUAAUGGCAUCUAGAGAUCAAUCUUCUUUUUGGUGAGGACAAUUAUUGUUUGAUGUUAUCAUCUCUAUUAUACAUAUGUAUUGAUAUUGUCAUAAUUACAUUUUUUACUCGACUCUUCCUAUUCCGUUUAUUCCCGAAAAUUUAAACAUUGAUAAAUUCCUAUACCAACGGAUAUGAUAUCUACGAAUUAUUGUAAAAUUGUUACAUAAAUUACAUGCUCAAAUAAAUUAUUAGAUAUUAAUAAAAAUGAUAAUAAUGAUCUUCAUAAAUGUAAUAUUAUAUUUGUAGAUUAUAAUCAUUCAAUAAUUAUUCGAUAAUGAUAGCAUGAUAACAGUAGUUGUGCUCCCAAUUUGAAUAUCUUCUGUAUGUAUAUGUAUAUAAAAUCUAAUGCAAAUCUUGUGUGAGUAACAAUACGUAUUGUUAUACAGUAAGAUAUUAUCAAAGUAUUAAUAAAAAGGAAAUACAAGAAUAUCAUAUUGGCGCUAUAAUUACUGAUUGAAAU